AAGCACGACAAGCCGCCAGAGCCAACCGCACCUUGCGGAGACCACCGACAACCAAACGUCAGCACUAGGCGCCAGAUCCAUCAACGGCCGCCGGAGCGCAGGCCACCAUGCCCUUCCGAGCACCAUGCCGGCAAGGAGCAGAGGAGCAAUGCCCGAGGCCAGGAACCACCAUGGUCCGGGCUGCAGCCAUACAUCAGGUGUGCCAACACGCCCCACGCGCGCCACCGCACAUCCGUCGGAGACCAAAACCGAAGCGCCGCCACGCCAACAGAAAGCAGUGAGAUCAAGACCGGCUGUAGCAGAAUCGCCACCACCCCCCACCACCUCCACAAGCACCGCCAUCCAUCUCUGCCCUAAGUCGGACGACCAUGGGCCGAUCGAAUCAUCACAUCAGCACAUCCGCAGGUCAGCCUCGCCACAGCGCCAAAACACCACACCACCGCCACCACUUGCCGGAACGACCGCAGUCCCCCAACCACCACCCUCGCCGGCCGGAGACCCGCACGGUCCAGAUCUGGUUGCCCGAACAGCCGCCACAUGGAGCCAGGAGCACUCACGACCAUCAUGCGAGGAGGGGCGAUGCGGGAGCAGCCGGAAGGUGCCGCACCCAGGCACGGGCGCCGGCCAACGAGCCGAGUCGUCACCCGCACGCGCUGGCCCAGAUCGGGCCUGCACCAUUGCCACGCAGAUGCAUCCCACCCGCGCAGCCACAGCUCCACCUCGCGCCAUGGCCGACGCCCCGAGCCGCCCCCUCCCGCCAGAGGGGAAGCCGCCGCCACCGCCCGCCUCCGAGCGGCCAGAUCUAGCACGGCCCGUCGCCCUCCUCUGGCAACGAGAUGGCCGCGAGGAUCAGCAGUUAAAGCAGCAGUGGCAAGGCAGCAGCACAAGCAGAGCAGCGGCACAACGGCAGCAUCAGGCGCGGCAGCAAAAGCAGCAGUAUGGGCAGCCGAGCGAGCGGCGUGACGGGGGCACGCGGCCGGCGCAGCACGCCCAAGCGGACGCGGCCAGGGGAAUAGGGAAUGUCUUGGGCGCGCGGGCACGGCAGGGAGGAGCCCAAGUCGCGGGCUAGGCGCGGUGAGCGCGGCCAGAGGCAAGCGGGCACGCGGAGCUCCGGGCGAACUCAAGGGCGGCGGCUAUGGCACAAAUUCUAAGGGGGGAGAAAGGGAAUUGGACGAGGGCCUCAUUGCGGUUCUUGAUGACGUGCUCGGGAGGUCGAGGGAGCGCUGAGGGAGGAGAUCCGGGGCGGGGCAGCGGCGGCUGGACGCGGGGAAGACGCCCUAUGGCGAGCGCUCGGGGCGUUCUGGCUCGGGCUCUUCGGUGUAGAUGAAGGAGACGACCGCGGGCAGCCUCCUGGACUUGGUAGUUCAGCACGGGGAGGCACGUGGCCGCGGGAUCGACGCGGUGACGGCGACGCUGCGCUUGGUUGUGUGUGGGGAGAGGAAAAUGAGCGAGGGGUCGAGGAGGACUUGUAGGUCUCCGAGAAGCGGUAGAUGGCCGGCACGUGCGGCGGGGCCGUGGGAUGGCCGCCACGGUUGCCCUGCCUCCCACGGUAGCGUAAGGAAGGAGACGCUUGGGAGGUUGGGCUAGGCCUCUAGUUUCUUUUUCAUAGUGGGCCAAAAGUGCAUAGAGCAAUUUCAGUUUUACUUUUCUGUAAAAAAGGGAUAGCUACUGUUUUCUAUUUAAAUAAGCUUUCAAACCAUUUUUGUUGCACAUGGAAUUUGUACACAAUUACCAGAGAAUAAUUUGAGCUAGGACAAAAGUUUGGGGGCAAAUGGAGUUAAAUAAAUGAUUGUUUAUUUUGAAAAGGCCAAUUUAUUUGCUGCUGGAUCACUUAUAAUAUUUAUAGGGGCAUUUUAGUAAUCCAACCAGAGUUGAUUUCUCCAUGACAAUUACUUGGGGCUUAUUUGCAAAAUCAUAAACAUUUUUGUUUGCAUGAUAGAAGAAGUAAAUAUUUGACUUGUAUUUCAAAUGGAAUUUGGCUUUGAUUUUCAUCAAGGGGCAAUUUAGUUUGAAAAACAUGACGACAUGGCAUCAUUAAAGAGGAGAUCAGUGUAGCAUGAUUUUCGGGGUGUUACACCCGCGCACAAGUAAUGGGGUACAAAAAAGGGACCCCUUCUUUUGUACACCGACAGGAAGAUUAGUAAUCCUCAAGGUUCAAUGCAACAUGACUGUAACUAGGUACAUGACUCAAGCUAUGAAAUUCUGAAACUAGCUUUUUCUAAAACUAGUGACUUAGUUUCUUUACAUAGCCAGCACUAGGUACUUGCUGGCUAGAUCAACUACAGCUAACUGCCCAAUUCUAUCUCCAAUCUACCUGUUACCUCUUUGAAAACUACAACUGAACCUUCUUCCUCUUCUUGCCCAUCUUCCCCCAACCAAACUUCUUAUUCUAAUUUUUUCUCCGUCAAGAACCAUGAAGAACAGGAACUCUGGAGUAAAUUGCACACUGUAGAAUAGAAACAUGAAGAAGAUCAAGACCUACUACAUGUGUGCUCUAGCGCCGCUGCCGGUGCAGGGGAGAUGGAGGUGCCUGCCGGCACCGCCGGUACACUGUUGCCGCACCGCUACUGGAUUGGUGGAAGAUAUCGAGCCAGGUACCCCCUGGGUCUUAUCUGGUUGGGGCCCUUUUUCCUUUUCUUCUUUUCCUUAAGUAUUUCGGCUCAGCAAUAGACAAGUGGGGCCAUCCACUGAGAACACUUUCCCCAACUAAGGCAGAAAUACAUUUUGCUUCUUCCCCACUCCAUUCGCUGUCACGCUCCCGAGAUCUGCUCUUGACAGGAAAAUCCCCAACCAUCAUUUGAUCAGCUCCAAACUAAAGGUUCCAUCCCUUCCCCCUUCCAAUCUGCCUAGGUUGUACUGCCCUCUUACAUGUUUAUCUCGUAGUUCCCUUCAAUUCUGUGUACAAGAAACACCUAUUUAGAUGGUGCUACUUUUCGCUAAUUCCUGGAAGUACAUGUUUAGAUCAUGGGAGAUGCUUUUAUUACUACUAGUGCUAUAACAAGUCCUUUUAGAAGUUUUGAUGAGUUGUUGGUUCUUACUAGUACCAUGAACUUAUGUCUCUGUCGGGAUAACUGAAAAAACAAAAAGAAAUCACAAAGAAAUGAGUGUAACUAAGAAAAGAUUUAUUUAAAGAAAAUUUUAGAACAAUUAUUUUAUUAUAUGUACAUUAAACAUUGGCAUCUCCUUCUCAAUCAUGUUCUAAAGUCAAUUUGAAGAAAUGUGUGCACAUCAGAAAAUAUGAAACUUGUCAAACUAAGCAUUUGACAUGUCAGUAUUGGAAUGAUUCGAUAUUGCACUUCUUCUCUGUGUGUUUCAUAGCGCCAACAGGUUUUGAACUGAACCUAAAUUGUUGGUUGGCCGAAAUGAGCAGAACAAGCUGAACUCAAUGAACAUUGGAUCCCUCGUAGCAUCCCCCGUUUUUUAUCCACUGGGUGCGAACGUCCGUUCAUGCUGGCCCUUCCAGGCAGUACGUACAUUGUUCAUCAAUUUUUCUCUCUCAUCGGUUACUUCAUGAUUUGAGGGUAGAGGCAAUGCAGAACAAACUAGGGUUAUUUUGAUACAGGUUAAUUUAUUUAUUUUCUUUAUAACAGAAAUGCAAGUCGAAUACCCACUAGUGCCAUGUAUUAGGAUGUUUGCUGACCAUAGUGGGAGUCUUGGUUCCGUGGCAAACCAACUGUCAUGUUCUUGAUUUUGGACUUACCUUCUUUUAAUUUACUUAAUUAUGCAUUCAUUACAACAAGUAAUAAUAAUGUUGUAUUCAUUGUAGAUGGAACAACGAUGUACAAAGAAAAGAGAAGCAAAGCAAAUUGUACAUGCAGGAAAAAGAACCAAGGUAAUAAACAUAUGCUCUGAACUAUUCUCUUCAAACUAAAAAAAUCCUCUAAUGUGCGGUGUUUUCUUAAAAAAAAUCAUGCAGUGCAAUCAAUUUCAGCAUGUUGAAUCAUUUCUAAAUAGCUUGCAUCUGAAAUAUCUGACAAUCGCAAACAAUGUAUCGCUGGAAUGGGUUUCCAGUCAUUCCUGGAAAUAAAUAGCAUGUCCAAUAUUGACUCUAUUUACCUGUGGCUUGCAAACCAUUUCAUACUCUAUUGAACUACCAAAUGGCUUCAAAUUCCCAAUUACACCUACAACUAUUCGCAUUUUUUUGGCAUACCGAUUGGUUGAGUUCCUGUCAUCACAAAACCAUCGAAAGUAACCUAUGAGUUCAUCCAACACGAGUUAGGGACAACUGCACCAACAGUUGAGUACCUAUUCUCAAUUAUAAAUGAUGACCUUCCUGAAGAUAAAUUGUGCAGAAUCUUCAUUCUUAUACUACUAUCAUUGUUUGUUGCCCCUAAUUCAAGUGGAGUUGCUAGCAAGUUUGUGUACAUAGCAAUAGUUCACAUUGAAAGAAUUUCACAAUAUGAUUGGUGUUUGCUAUGCCUGGGCUACAUGCUUUAUUCAAUAAAAAAGCAAGAGUGAAAAACACAAGUAGCAAAGAGUUCAUUCCUGGAGGAAGCAAGUUACUUAUGGUGGUAAGACUAUUUCCCACGACAAAACUUAUUUAAUAUUUCUUUUUAUAUAUACCAUACCAAAAAAGAUUGUUGCCCCAAAUUGACAUUUCUCAUUUUUAUUCCGUCUGCAUUUUUCUUUUCAGUGCCAGAUAUCCUACUUUGAGUUCCUCAUAAUAACUAGAUUCAAGUUGCCAACCAUUGAACCAAGACUCCCACUAUGGUCAACAAACAUGCUAAAUUCAUACGUGGCACUCAAUGUGCUCCAUGGCAAAAGCAAUGAAUAUAGUAGACUACUGAUAAAGCACAUCUCCUAUACUAUAUUCAGUGAUUCAGCUUUCGUUGAACUACCUGAAGAAAUGUUAAGAGUAUAUUGAUUCCAAAUUCACAUAUAUCGGUCUAACACAAGAAGUUCUCUUGCUGCUUUUGGUAUUUUUGGAAUAAGGACAACUAUUUCUCUUACUGACAUUGUCAUUUUGAGUCUCUUUAACAUGAUAUACUUUGUCAUUAACAGGAUAAGAUCAUUCUUCAAAUGAAAGCUCAAGAAUUCUACAGAAAUAUCAUUUGGAACUCAACACCUACCUUGAAGACCUAUGUCGAUGAUAUGCAUUCUUCAUUUCUGAAGAUCGGGACGUCUUCCAGCAACCCAAAUCUCCAAUUCAAAUCAGCUAUUUCAAAAAACACAUUCAAAGUUCCUAGGACUAAACAAUUGUUGGCUAUACAAUCACCUCCAAAUUGUCCAAUGCUACAUGUUCCAACAAUCAUUGAUGAAGAUAAACGAGUAACCAUAGAUGAAAUUUUUCAAGAAUUGGUCAAUGAUUUCCCUCGGUCUAUCAUAUAUAUAUAUAUAUAUAUUUCCCUAAUAAUAAACCAGCGAUUGUUUCUGGUCGUCCGUCAUUGGGCUUUUUUGCAAAAAAAGUCCCCCCGUUCUGAUAAAUUGACCUGCAGUCCUACUUAAAAUGUGGAUAACGUUUCGUUUUUUUUGCAAAAAAAACCCUGCCACCCCAGCCCGUACGAGAACACGAGGGCCGCGCCCCAUCCCUCCACCGCCGCGCCCCCGUCCCUCUGCUCGCCGCCGCGCCACCGUCCCUCUGCUCGCCGCCACGCGCCCCGUCCCUCCGACGCCGCGCCCCCGUCAAUCCUCUCCUUGGUGCCCGUCCUCGCUCCGCCGUCGCCGAAUCUGGACGAGAUCGCGAGAAUCCGCCGCAUCUCGCGCAGCUGCUCGUCGGCCAUGCGGGGAGGAUGAACGAGCUGCUCGUCGGACAUGCAGGGAGCACGGACGAGCUGCUCAUCGGCGUCCGUCCCACAGCCCCGCUGAAGACGGCGCCCAGCCCCCUCGACGGCGCACUCCUCCUACUUGCCGCCCGGGUGCAAACAGCGACAGCGAGUAGGCGGCAAGUAUACUGCACCGAGAAACGAUACAGGGGCAUGAAGCAAGCGAGCAGGUGUGCGCGGCGACCUGCUACUGCACUAAUAGUAGCCUUGACGGAGCACCGAGGCCGGCUCGACAGGGCAUGCCGCCCGCCGGUAGACGCUUGAUUGUGUGAGUCGGAGAUGAACCCCGCGUCGUCGCCUCUGCAGCCUGGACAGAGCUCCGCCGGUGCUGGAGAUGAAGCCUGCGUUUGUGAUGGUGAUGACGCUCUCUAUCUACUUUCUCCACUGGCUAUAAGGGAGUAAAGAUCACAUCGUGGAUGUGUUUUUCUUCAGAGAUGUGGCCCUGUCGUUGUUGGUUGUCGAAUUUGCGAUGUAAUCCGUCCCUAUACUCUCUCGCACAUGCGCAGAACAGAGCAGCGGCUGCAAUUUACCCGUUGAUUUCUUGGAGUGAUUCAAACCUAGGAAGCCUGCUACUUGUGCAAGCAACAGGGUAACAAGUUUCAGUUUUCUUACUGAUGCACCUCAAUUUGCAAGGUUAGAACAAUGUCAGUUUACUUUAUGUUGGUUUUCUAAUUUCAACAUAUUCCCUCAAGCAAAUCUAAUUAUCUAGAUAGUACGGAAAGCAGGCAAAUUACGUAACUAUUUGGGUGUACUCAUGCUCUGCUAUGUCAGAUUGAGGAGAAAGAAUUUUUUUAUUCACCAUCCUAUUUUUUAUCUAUAAUGAUGAUCACUUUUUCCAUCUUGUGAUCUUCUUUGCUCCAGUUGUGCGAAUACUUUGUUUGCACUUUAGUGGGACUGAAAUUUUCCUGCUACCAUGUGUCAUGGUAGUAGGCUGCUGCGGCAAAAAACUGGUAAGCCCCCUAACGGAAGAAAAUUGAAAAAAGUCUCAUCCUGCUUACCAUGUUUUAUCUUAAAAUUUUGGCUUGAAUUUUUUUUCUGUAUAACCUACAUCUCUGCAUGGUUACUUUCUCCACACAUGCUUUAGCUGCAGCAUUGGUCAAGUGGCUUGAACACAACUCACAUGAGUCAUCGCCAAAUGGCCCUUUUCUGAAAUUCAUUCUCUUAUGCACUGAGAGAGGAGUUACUCCAUGACAGUAUGUAUACAUACAGAUGCAAGCAAUGGAGAAACUCAUGCAGAUGAUGACUGAACAAUUUUUCAUGAAUUUUCCAACCUGAAUUGGUUACAGAGGUUGGGAAAAGAGGAGUCUAGGCUCUGAUGAACACAUGUUCUUUCGCAGGUGACUAACAGUUGGCACCUCCAUCUUUACAUUACAUCAGGCCAGCGCUACAAAGCCCAUAAACCAAUUCAACUAGACCAGGACUAUGUUUAUUAGUCCUCCAGUGUUUAUUGGAAUGAGAUGACACAUGGUAUGCCAGCUAACAAGCAACUGAAGCAAGAAGAUUUUUGUAAUUUCUUGGAAAGAAUGAGCCCCUGAACCCAGGAUGGCGAAGGAUCCAAUAUGUCAGGACCAAUGAGGGAAUUGCAGAGCUUCAUAUUCAGUUUAUUUUAGGUGCUUGCCUACUUCAAGUGUCUAGAUUACAGGAAACAUGUUUCUUCAAGUGUCUACUUCAAGUAAGUUUCUUAUAGAAGUAGUCAGUUUGAUUCCUUCAAAAUAGUUGUUGCCUGAUAAUUUGUGUACGACUAAAUAGCAGUACCUCAAAUUUUGCUUCUGCUUCUUAAAACAGAGUAAUUCUGUAAAUCCUAACAGAACCCUAUCAGUCUGAACCAACUUCUUGUAAAUCUACAAUACAACAUAGCCUCAUCUGAUCGAACCAUUGGUUUCAGAUCA